AAAUGUGGAGUCAGGCCCGCCCUCGUCACGUGCCUGACCUCGGGCCACCUUCAGGUAAUGAGAGAGUAUCCGAACACUGUAUCUGUCGUCUGGGAGGAGAUUCUGUCUCAUCCUCCAUCUCGAUGUGGCAGCUUGACAGACAGGAAGAGUGAAGAACAACAGGCAUACGAGGUCGUGAGCAGUACAAUCGAUUGCCAGCUGACUAGUGAGGUCCAUUAUACUGACAGGCCGGAGCUACAACACGACGACCUGCACUCCCGAUACGUCCUCAUUACUAACUAUGAAUCUCUCACUGGGACCAAUCUCUCCCAUGCUCGACCUCUUUGCGCUCCCUCUUGCUUUCUAUCCACAGUACAUCUCUCUGGGCUGAAGAGCAUAGGACUGAAUUUCCCUCUGUCAGUCUGA